GACAGUGUGUCCAGUCGGUAUAGAGAGCAGGGAGUUCAGCAGCAUCCCUGGCGCUUGUAUAGGAGCUUUAGAACGGAUUAUUGUUAAAAGCUAACCAACAGCUUGGUCUCUCCGGGUGUGCUUUUCCUCAUAUAAUCAUCGGACGUCAUCCUUUUUUGCUCAGUGGAAAAAACGAGCCAAUGGUUCGAUGGAGACACUUAGUUUGAAGCAGCUGCUAACGUUAGCGGUGUUUUACUAGCCAGCUAACAACACGAACUGGGGAUGUGGAGGCUAGUUAGCUGCAAAUGCUAACUUGUUAGCUUCGUUUAGUUAGGUGCGAACUAACUGCUGCUGGGAGCUGAGAGACGACUGAGGAGCUUCUACCUCUGAGGUUUACUUCAGAAAACUUUAAAGGAUAUAUCCGCUUGGAUUCCUGGCCACUGGGGGUUGACAAAAGAGUCCUGUCCCGCCUAUGUCACCAGUUUUCAGAAUGUCAAGACCUUCUCAUCUUCAGACAGCCUAGCGAAGGUCCAGGAGGUAGCAAGCUGGCUUUUAGAAAUGAACCAGGAUCUGCUGUCGGGGGGCAGCAGCAGCAGGCGGAGUCGGGGGCCCGGGGGUCCAGCAGUGCGAGGUAACACCUCCUCUACGACCCGGGCACCCCAGCAGGCGGCAGAAGAAGCCGACGAGGAUGAGCACAUUAACCGGGUUGUCGAGGAGGAUGAGCAGUUGCAACAGAGGCCCGAGGUGUCCCAGGUUGAUGGUGAGAGGGAGCAGCUUUGGGAGCCCAGCGAAUCAGGAGCCAGCAAUGGCCCUCAGGGAAACGAGGAGGUGGAGGAAGAUGAAGGAGCCCCGCCAAACGAAGUGAACGGAGACGAAAAAGGAGCCAGGUGGAUGUGGGGGACCGAACACAGACAGGUGAGAGGGCAGCCACCCCUCGAAGAGGAGGAGGAAGAAGAGGAGAACAACAACAACAACAGCAGCAGCCACCAAGAGGAGGAUGAAACUGAGGAGAGGACAGAGGGAGGGGAUGAACAAGGAAGGGACGAGAGGGGAGAAGGAGAGGAGGAAGAGGAGGAGGAUGAGGAGGAGAUGGACCAAGACAGCGAUGAGUUUGAACAUUCAGCAGAAAGCGAAAGGGAGGAGGAAGAGGAGGAGGAGGGAGGUGAAGGGGAAGAAGAGUUGCAUCCCCCCUCUUUCGCGAACAGGGUUUCUGCCCCCAACAAUCAGGACUCUAGAUGUAAACCCCAAAGCCCUUCCAACAAGAAGGACAAGAUGAAGAGAAAGUUGGACCAUGGCCCCGAGGUCCGACCUUUCCCUUCAGGAAAAAAGCCCUGCAAAGGCCCGGAAUAUUCCAGCCCAACAGGAAUUGUCCCGUGUCCAGCCACACCCACCACAUUUGGCCACAUCAGAACAGCCAAUGGUCAGGGGCAACAGAGACGACGCAUCACCUCAAUCCAACCCCCCACAGGUCUCCAUGAAUGGCUCCGAACCUUUCAGAGCUGGACUGGUCCAGAGAAGCUUCUGGCACUGGAUGAGUUGAUUGACAGCUGCGAGCCCACACAAGUCAAGCAUAUGAUGCAGGUGAUAGAGCCUCAGUUUCAGCGAGACUUUAUCUCCCUGCUUCCCAAAGAGCUUGCCUUGUAUGUACUGUCAUUCCUGGAACCGAAAGACCUCCUUCAGGCCGCACAGACGUGUCGCUACUGGCGCAUCCUAGCAGAAGACAACUUACUGUGGAGGGAAAAAUGCAGAGAAGAGGGUAUUGAUGAGCCUCUGGCCCCAAAGAAAAGGGGAAAUGUCAAGGCUGGCUUUACCCAUAGCCCCUGGAAGAGUGCCUACAUCAGGCAGCACAGAAUAGACACUAACUGGAGGAGAGGAGACCUCAAAUCCCCAAAGGUGCUGAAAGGACACGAUGACCAUGUGAUUACCUGCCUUCAGUUCUGCGGCAACCGCAUCGUCAGUGGCUCUGAUGACAACACGCUGAAAGUCUGGUCCGCUGUUACAGGAAAGUGUCUACGGACGUUGGUGGGCCACACAGGUGGAGUGUGGUCGUCCCAAAUGCGAGAGAACAUCAUCAUCAGCGGCUCCACUGAUCGCACACUCAAGGUCUGGAACGCCGAGACGGGAGAAUGUAUCCACACCCUCUACGGGCAUACCUCAACAGUUCGCUGCAUGCACCUACACGAGAAAAGGGUGGUUAGUGGCUCUCGGGAUGCUACUCUUCGAGUCUGGGACAUUGAGACAGGUCAAUGUUUACACGUCCUGAUGGGCCAUGUGGCGGCGGUUCGCUGCGUCCAGUACGAUGGGCGGCGGGUAGUAAGCGGCGCCUAUGACUUCAUGGUCAAAGUGUGGGACCCAGAAACAGAGACGUGUCUCCACACGCUGCAGGGCCACACCAACAGAGUGUAUUCUUUGCAGUUUGACGGGAUCCAUGUGGUGAGCGGAUCACUAGACACGUCUAUAAGGGUCUGGGACGUGGAGACGGGCAACUGCAUCCACACACUAACGGGUCACCAGUCCCUCACUAGCGGCAUGGAGCUGAAAGACAACAUUUUGGUCUCAGGCAACGCAGACUCCACCGUCAAAAUCUGGGACAUCAAGACAGGCCAGUGCCUGCAAACGCUCCAAGGUCCCCACAAGCACCAGAGUGCCGUGACUUGCCUCCAGUUCAACAAGAACUUUGUCAUCACCAGCUCAGACGAUGGCACGGUGAAACUCUGGGACCUGAAGACGGGAGAGUUCAUCCGAAACCUGGUGACUCUGGAAAGCGGCGGCAGUGGCGGCGUGGUGUGGCGCAUCCGUGCCUCCAACACAAAGCUGGUGUGCGCGGUCGGCAGCCGCAACGGCACAGAAGAAACCAAGCUGCUGGUGCUGGACUUUGGAGUGGACAUGAAAUGAGAGCUGGGGGGAGUGGGACACGUUUGAAGGGCGAAGAGAGCAGACCGCAGAGAUGAAGGAACAGAGAGUGAGUGAUGAGGCGCCUGGAAACCAGAGGGCCAACACCCAGAACUCUUUACCCAAACUCGCAAGAUCUGCUGGCACAGCCGCAAACGGCCGGCUGUCCUGUCAUCACUCGCAUCCCACCUUCUUGGGGUUAAACGUUACUGACGAAGAUGCGCCUGCUUCUACCCUUUUCACCCGUUGACGGCGGGGCGGCGGCUGGAAGCACAGCCGCAGGGCAACAAGCGGUCCGUCCCCGGGAUGAGCUGAAGAAGAGGGAGGAAGAACACGACGAUCGAACUCUUCGGAAGUGACUCUCCACCUUUCCGGUUCAGGGUCAGCUUCGCAGAGACUUGGCGUUGCAAAAAACCUCGACAGAUGUUGAGAUGUACAGAGAGAUAUUAUUUUUUAAAAAGUUCCAGACACACCCCCUUCUUAACAGUGGCACCCCACAGACACACCCAUUCAAACAGCCAAUCAGAAAGCAGUAAAGGCGCUCCCCAUAUAGGUAAAGAUUUGAGGAAGGUGGGAUGAGGGGAAUUUCCACACUCAGUUACUCCUAAAGUGCUGCUUGAUAUAGUGGAAUGAAAGGAAGUGUUAGGAGCAUUUAUUUUCUUCACUCCAUUUCCGUUCCUGUUCUUCUCCACUCGGUUCCUGUAGUUUGUUUUUUUUUUCCCUCAAACGCAACUGUGAAUUUCAAUAACUUUGACAUUUAUCACAUGAAAGGGGUUUUUCUGUUUUUGUUUUUUUCUUCUUUGUGCAAAUCUCAGUAUUAGAAAUGACCCUUUUCUUUUAUUUCGACUUGAGUUGUUCGCUUCUUACAAACCUAGGCUUCGAGCUCUUUCUCCACUUUCGGCCGGCGUCAUCGCUGCCUGGAGGUUUUUUCGGAGUCCGGCUCUGGUGGUUUUCCUCAACGCCAGAGCGGCGGUGAGAGCGCUCUUUAUUAAUAUUUCCCCGAUCCCUCAGCCCCGCCCCCUCGACUGCUUUUCCCCGAGUGGCCAAACUGUAUUUAUGCUGCUAAAGGAGUGGAAAAAGAGAGGAACUCUUACUUGCUGUGGCGUUUUAGUCCCAGGCGAAAUUCCAAAUUGAACUCUGUAUGUUUUGACUUCAAGAAACAAAAACACACACACACAAAAAAAAAAUCCAACGUUUUUUUUGUUCUUUUCUUUUCUUUUUUGCCACUGAAACUUGAGCCAAAACGUGCCUCUACGAGGCUGAGAGGGGGGAGAAGGUCUGACAAGUAUCUGUCAGAUCGCCUGCCGCUGGGAAGCGAGGGGAUGAACACUGUUGGCAUGUGUGUGCGAGUGCAUGAGUGCGUGUGUUGGCGUGUUAAUGGGCGUGUUAAUGGGCAACUUGUAAACACAUUCCUUGGGACAAAGCUUUGUCAGCCUGUUCUGUAGGGAAAUGUACAAAAAUGCUGUGUGUACUGUUAGAAAAAAAACAAAAGAGGACAAAAAAAAAUAAAUCAAACUAUCAGAAGUUUUGAUUUGGAACAGGUGAAUGAAUGAUCUGUCCGUAUCCAUGUGUGGUUGUUCCAUUCAAAGAUGUCUAAAGCAACAGAGGAGAGCUUGGCGAGUUUUCAGCUGACGGGUCGAGCCGCCCAGAGUCUUAGUGUUACAUGUGUUGCAGGUGAAAACUCUGGGGCGGCUGCGACCUUGUGGGUCGUCGGUGAAAAGGGGGUGGGGGGGGGAGAAAAAAAAAAAGAAACGCAAAGGAAACAAACGGCAAGAGAAACGUAGCCAAACAAAAACCGUCUCAAUCUCCAAGAGUCACAACUCAAGCUGAACUGUGAAAGUGGUAUAACACUGUAUAUUAAAAAAGAAAAAACAAUCUCGCUCUAUCUCCUCUUGUUUUCUCUGUUUUAAUUUAUAAUCUGGUUUAUGAAAUCAGAUUUGUUGCAGGUGUUUUACUUUGUUCAGUUCAUGUAAACUGCCUGGCAAAAGAAAAAAAAAGAAGAGAAAAGGCACACGACAGAAAAAAAAAACUAAGCAAAAAACAGACAAAAAAAACCUGAAAGGGAUUGUGUAUUUGUUUGAUUCACUUAGAAUUUUAUUUUCUUAUAACUUAAGUGCAAUAAAAUGUGUUUCUUUUUUUUUUCAUUUCAAGCAUAUCAGUUUGUUCAGUCUGUUUUUGUUACCUCUGUGAAGGCAUCUUAUAUGUUCAAUAAAGCAAAUUAUUUGGUUAAA